AUGGGUUUCCCCAACAUUUCUCCGUAUCCACCACCGCCCCCGCUGGAGCUCCUCGCCAAAACCAAGACUCUCGCCCCUGCGAGUGUUCUCACAAAAUGCAUCUUCGACCCUCACUUACCUGUCAAUGCAUUAUCGGUCCUUCCAAAUGCUAGUCGAACCUCUUUAUCCAAGGCCCCUAGUACUGGUAUUGAAAGGUCUGCUUCACCCAGCCGCCGACAUCCACACGAUCAAGAAGCUAUUGAGAUGAACGUGCUCGGAGAAAAGCCCGUAGACUCUACCUCUAUGUCAUCAAUGGCGGCUCCAGAGAUCCCUGCAUGGACUAUGAGCACUAAAAAAGAGUGGAUUGCAAUCAUGGCGUGCUGCUCGUGUUUGUUUAUGGCGGGAUGGAACGACGCUACUACCGGUCCUCUUUUGCCUACCAUACAAGCGCAUUAUGGAGUAAACUUCACCAUUGUUUCCAUGCUUUUCGUAUCCAAUUGUGUUGGUUUCAUCUCUGCUGCUGUGAUCAAUAUUCAUUUAACCGACCAACUGGGAUUUGGAAAAGUCAUUUUGCUAGCAUAUGCAGUGAACGGAUUCGGCAUUGCGCUCCAAGACGCUCAGGCAAAUGGAUUUGUAGCAGAGUUGCCAAACAAUGCGUCCGCCAAGAUGGGCUUGCUCCAUGCGGUUUACGGUGCUGGUGCAUUUAUUGCCCCACUUGUGGCUACCCAAUUUGCUCAGCUGCAAAGAUGGUCCUUCCACUAUCUAACUUCUCUAGGAGUUUCUUUGGCCAAUGCGAUAGUUUUGUUGGUCGUAUUCAAGCUUCGGAGGCAACAUGAUAUUAUGGGCCUACCCGACCCCAAUACCGCGCAUGCCCACACUGAAGUAGCUCAAGCCUCAGGUAGUAGCAACAAAUACAAGCAAAUAUUCAGCUCGCGCGCGGUCCAACUAAUGGCUUUCUUUGUCUGGGUCUAUGUUGGGGUGGAAGUCACCAUUGGAGGCAACCCACUGUAUCCUAUUGCGAUGAACAUUACGGGAGCAAUUGUUCCAAAACGAAUUCUCACCGGAAGUAUUGGCUGGAUAGCAUCCUUUGGUCAAGCUGGAUCCGCUGUCUUUCCAUUUAUGACUGGUGCCUUGGCUCAAAAGCGUCAGAGUUCUGCAACCCAUGUUGGUUGGAAUGAUUUCGGCACUUAUGUCCUUUGGACGCUGAUCCCAGCCAGUCCACAACGCCGUGGAGACUGA